AUGGCAUCGACAUCGCAAAACGCUUCAUCCAAGAAACGCCGUUUCCAACCCCCCAUUACCAGCUACUUUGCGGCCUCCACUACACCUGAAAAUAAUGACUUUUCACAUCAAAACUAUUCCGCGCCUACAAAUACACCUACACCCGCACUUCCGGCUAAUAUCCUGUCCUCUCUACUCGGCGUAGGAGCUCGAGUACGGAAGUCUGUUCCAGAGGGAUACAAAACCGAACAGAAGAAGUUGACUGCCUAUACGAUACCAGUGACGACGAAGUCAGAUGUGGCUGCGUCAUCGCGACCGAUAAUGACAACGACGGUAUACAGCGAAUUACAGCCGUUUUGCGGAAUUCAUAAAGUUGGCAAUUAUGCUGUUCAGACGUUUCCGCGCCCGGAUGAGGAGUAUCGGAGUGAGGGGAUGAUGAAUGUCGAUGAGUUGGAGAAUAUUUCUAUGCCGUCUAGCAGUCAGGAGUCGAAUGCGUCUUUCUCGUCGACUAGCAAUAAGAGAACAUUCGAACCUGAUGUUGACGAGGAGGAAGAAGAUGACGAUUCUUCGCUGGGUUAUAAUAGGGCUAUUCAUCAAGGCAGGAAUCUUCCUAGAGACAUUUGGCAGGAUACUAUUCCUUCUGUCUCUAACUACACAUCUUCAUCAUCCAAUUCCAUGUCACGACGGACUAUACUUUCGCCAAGGCUGGGCCAACAUAGACGACGUAUAGUCGCAUCGAACAAUACAAUUUCAUCCAAAACAUACACCGAACAAGAAAACACAAACCCGCUUGCCGCUGCUACCAUGUCAAAUAAUGGCAUGGAUAUUGACGACUUUGGCGAAGCAGCGUUUCUGCGUCGCAGGGAAGAAGUCGACUUUGAGUAUAUCUUUGAGACUUUUGUUACGGCCUAG